ACAGGCAGCGCGGAGCUGCCCUGGGCUGGCCCCGCGCCGCCCCGGGUCUCGCGGCCCAGGGGCCGCCCGCGCCACCGCGAGCAGUCCAUGGUGCAGCGCAUGUGGGCCGAGGCGGCCGGGCCCGUAGGGGGCACCGAGUCGUUGUUUCCCGGCUCCCGGCGCUGCCGCAGCGUGUGGGACGCUGUGCGCUUGGAGGUGGGUGUCCCGGACAGCUGUCCGGUGGUGUUGCACAGCUUCACUCAACUAGACCCGGAUCUGCCGCGCCUGGAGAGCUCUACGCAGGAGAUUGGGGAGGAGCUGAUCAACGGGGUCAUCUACUCCAUCUCCCUGCGCAAGGUUCAGCUACACCAGGGAGCCACCAAGGGCCAGCGCUGGCUAGGGUGUGAGAAUGAGGCGGCCCUGAACCUGUACGAGACCUGCAAGGUGCGCACAGUGAAGGCUGGCACUCUGGAGAAGCUGGUGGAGCACCUGGUGCCUGCCUUCCAGGGCAGUGACCUCUCAUACGUCACCGUUUUCCUGUGCACCUACAGAGCCUUCACCACCACUCAGCAGGUGCUAGACCUGCUGUUCAAAAGCAGGUACGGUAGAUGUGACGCCCUCACGGCCUCCUCUAGAUAUGGCUGCAUCCUCCCGUACUCCAGUGAGGACGGUGGACCACAGGACCAACUCAGAAAUGCCAUCUCCUCCAUCCUGGGCACCUGGCUGGACCAAUACUCAGAGGAUUUCUGUCAACCUCCGGACUUUCCCUGCCUCAAGCAGCUGGUGGCUUAUGUGCAGCUCAACAUGCCUGGCUCAGACCUGGAGCGCCGAGCUCACCUUCUUCUGGCCCAGCUGGAGGACCUGGAGCCCAGCGAGGCUGAGCCUGAGGCCCUGUCCCCAGCUCCAGUGCUGUCUCUGAAGCCAGCUUCACAGCUAGAACCAGCUCCAGCGCUGCUUCUGGCGUCCAGCCCGGUGGUGGCAUCAGUGCCAGAGCCAGUACCAGCUUCUGAGCCGGAUCUGUCCCUGGUACCAGCCCUGGGUUCCAGCCUGGUGGUGGCUCCAGCUUCUGAGCCGGAUCUGUCCCCGGUACCAGCCCUGGGUUCCAGCCCGGUGGUGGCUCCAGCUUCUGAGCUGGAGCUGUCCCCGGUACCAGCCCUGGGUUCCAGCCUGGUGGUGGCCCCAGCUUCUGAGCUGGAACCAGCUCCAGCACCACCUCUAGAGCCUGAGCCACCCCUAGCACCGGCUCCAGAGCUGGAGCCAGCUCCCUCGCAGACCUCAGAGCUUGAACCAGCUCCUGUGCCGGCUCCCACACUAGAGCCUUCCUGGCUUUUGCCUGGAGCCACAGAGAAUGGACUGGACGAGAAGCCCCACCUCCUGCUGUUCCCUCCAGACCUGGUGGCUGAGCAGUUUACGCUGAUGGACGCUGAACUAUUCAAGAAAGUGGUGCCCUACCACUGCCUUGGCUCCAUAUGGUCUCAGAGGGACAAGAAGGGCAAGGAGCACCUCGCACCUACCAUCCGCGCCACUGUCGCCCAGUUCAACAACGUGGCCAACUGUGUCAUUACCACCUGUCUUGGGGACCAGAGCAUGAAGGCCUCAGACAGGGCCCGGGUGGUGGAACACUGGAUCGAGGUGGCCAGGGAGUGCAGAGUGCUCAAGAAUUUCUCCUCCCUCUACGCCAUCCUCUCUGCUCUACAGAGCAAUGCCAUCCACCGCCUAAAGAAGACAUGGGAAGAGGUCUCCAGGGACAGUUUUCGAGUGUUCCAGAAACUGUCGGAAAUCUUCUCUGAUGAGAACAACUACUCCCUGAGCAGAGAGCUGCUCAUCAAGGAAGGAACCUCCAAGUUUGCCACGCUGGAAAUGAACCCAAGGAGAGCCCAGAGGCGGCAGAAGGAGACAGGUGUCAUCCAGGGCACUGUCCCCUACCUGGGCACAUUCCUCACUGACCUGGUGAUGCUGGACACUGCUAUGAAGGACUAUCUAUAUGGGAGACUCAUCAACUUUGAAAAGAGAAGGAAGGAGUUCGAAGUGAUCGCCCAGAUCAAGCUGUUACAGUCUGCCUGCAACAAUUACAGCAUUGCUCCCGAGGAGCACUUCGGAGCCUGGUUUCGAGCCAUGGAACGGCUCAGUGAGGCUGAGAGCUACAACCUUUCGUGUGAGCUGGAGCCCCCGUCUGAAUCAGCCAGCAACACCCUCAGGAGCAAGAAGAGCACAGCCAUUGUCAAGCGCUGGAGCGACCGCCAGGCUCCCAGCACAGAGCUUAGUACCAGUAGCAGCGCCCACUCCAAGUCCUGUGACCAGCUCCGGUGCGGCCCCUACCUCGGCAGCGGGGACAUCACUGACGCCCUCAGCGUGCACUCCGCUGGCUCUUCCAGCUCUGACGUGGAGGAGAUCAACAUGAGCUUUGUCCCGGAGUCCCCUGAUGGCCAGGAAAAGAAGUUCUGGGAGUCCGCCUCCCAGUCAUCGCCGGAGACCUCUGGCGUCAGCUCAGCCUCCAGCAGCACCUCCUCCUCCUCAGCCUCCACCACGCCCGUGUCUACCACGCGCACCCACAAGCGCUCCGUCUCAGGGGUCUGCAGCUACAGCUCCUCACUGCCACUCUAUAACCAGCAGGUGGGCGACUGCUGCAUCAUCCGGGUCAGCCUGGACGUGGACAACGGCAACAUGUACAAGAGCAUCCUGGUAACCAGCCAGGAUAAGGCCCCGACUGUCAUCCGAAAAGCCAUGGACAAACACAACCUGGACGAAGAUGAGCCAGAGGACUAUGAGCUGGUGCAGAUCAUCUCAGAGGACCACAAACUGAAGAUUCCAGAAAAUGCCAACGUGUUCUAUGCCAUGAACUCUACCGCCAACUAUGACUUUAUUCUAAAGAAGCGGACCUUUACCAAGGGGGCUAAGGUCAAGCAUGGCGCCAGCUCCACCCUCCCUCGCAUGAAGCAGAAAGGACUCAAGAUUGCCAAAGGCAUCUUCUAAGGACAUCUCCCAAGGUCUGGCUGGCUGGGACUAAGCACUUAGACUAGCGUGGCCCAGGCCACACAGGUACCUCUGUCCACCGGCCAGCCCAGGCUACCCCCAGACUCCAGUUUCACCCUAAACCUCUCCUGCUGCCGGGAUUGACACCUGCCGCUGACAGGCUGACCUGGCCUCCGGGGACCACUCGCCGCCUUAGGUGCCUUCUGCUCUCUGGAACCAGAGGACUAGCUGACUUUUGCCAAGGAGUGCUGCCAACUGGGCAUGGUACCUUGCCUGCCCUGGACACUACCCUCUACACUUUGCUGACACCUCCCCAGGUGCAGAUCACUGCCACCCAUGCCCCUGGAUGCUCCAGGACAUGCACACACCCAGCAGGGCUGACCGCUGCCUUCUCUCCCUGUGCCCACAGGCACGGGCCUGGGGCCUUCAUGGAAGUCCCGGCCUCUCUUCCCACACUCUAGCCUUUCUCAGGCUGCACCAAAGAUUCCACCUUCAGGGCCAACAGAGUGAGGGAGUCUCACCAGCCAUGAGCCCCAGCCCUCCCUCGGAUCAGAGAGAGAAGCUCUCAUGGACCACCCGGUUAGUAUCGAAUCCCAUACCACUGGAAGUGCCAUCCAACACCACUGCAUCCUGGGUUAUACAAGACUGUGUGAAAUGGGAGGCCGGGGAUAAGGAGAUUUGCGGGGAGGGGAAGUCGACUGAAUAUUUGUAUAAAAAGUAAAAAAGUUUACUGUUUGGGGUGGGGCAAUAUUUAUUUGUUGUAAAUAGAAAAUGCUAGACUUGAAUAUUAUAUUAAAAUCCCGUUUCUACUA